CGGUGCACAAGCCGAGCAUAUGCAUCGCCCACUGCUCACCAUCCCAAUCAAAUCUUUCAUCUUCGGCAGCCGAGCUUACAGCAUUACCAAGGAUGUCUUGCAGCUGUGGAUCAAGCUGCGGCUGCGGCUCAAACUGCAACUGCGGCAAGAUGUACCCUAACUCGGAGAAGAGCGGCGCCACCAUGCAGGCCACCGCCGUCGUCCUCGGCGUCAGGCCCGCGAAGGUGCAGUUCGAGGAGGCCGCCGAGUCCGGUGAGGCCGCCCACAGCUGCAGCUGCGGCGCCAGCUGCAAGUGCGACCCUUGCAACUGCUAAGGUGCAAGCGGUUGAUGCGCUUGUGGUGAUUGUUCCGUGUGUGAUCGAGUGCGAAUAAUGAAAUCGGCGCCGGCCGUCUGGUUGGUGUUGUGGUGUGGUUUGCUAUUGGUGUCUUUGUGACUUGUGAAAUUUUGUGUUUGUGUGCGCGGAGUUUAUGUGUGUGUCUUUGAAAUGGUCCAUCUGAACUGAAGUGAAUAUACAAAACAGGUUCGUGCAAA